GGUCCGUUCAAGUUGACGCCCGCAUUGCGCCCGCAUCUGUCUUCUUCACGACAGGCCCGGUUGUGCCGCACCCUGUCAACCGCGUCUUGCAUUCUUUAAAGAGCACUCAUCUUCGGUUUUAUUUCACUAACAAUGCCUCUGGACAGUCCUUUCGAGAUCCUGGUCUUCGAGGACGGAUGGUGCCCAGAUAAGCCUCUUCUUGACUAUGUCAAGUUUUGGCGAAGGUGCUGCUUCAACUGCUACGAACGUGAGAAGGAUGUACGCACGAGCAUAGAGCAGGCACACGCACGAGAUGACCCACAGACGUUGAGUCUUGUGCGUGCAGGUGCCGAGGCUGGAGAUCCGAUAGACAUACUUGAAUGGGGCAUGCGCUUGUACAACGGCUUCCGCGUCGAGAAAGACCGUGACGCUGCGCUCAAGCAGUGGAUGCGCAUCACCGAUGCAUCAACCCGCGCUACCUUGUCUUCUCCUCCUCACCGCCGAGUCCUUUCCGCCGCCUAUGCCUGCAUCUCUUCCUAUUACAGCACGAAAUGUCAUCUACCACAACACACACUCCAGAUUGACGACCUUCGGCGCGCCGCCGAGGCUGUCAACGAGUGUGCUAAGCUCCAGAUGAUACCCGCGGCGCUCGUGGAGCUCGCGAACUACAUCGACGACGAGCUGCGCAUCUACGGCUUCCGAUACAUGCCGCAAUUUACGUGCCUCGAGCAUAUGUGGAUAAUGUACGCUCCGAUCGCCCGCGACAUCGAGAAGAAGCAGCAGGAGCGGGAACGCAAGGUCGCGAAAGCCCCGAACGCGUACCGCUGCGCCGCCCCGGGAUGUAACAUCUUGGGAACGAAGAAGAAGGCACUGCAGAGGUGCGCAGGGGCGUGCGAGGGUAUCAACAAGCCUCACUAUUGCAGCAAGACGUGCCAGACGAAGGAUUGGAAGCGUCACAAGCCCUUCUGCAAGGCCGGUGCCGCCGAGGAUCCAGAUGCAGUACCGGCCCCCGAUUACUCUGGCGCAGACGAGCAUUCGCUGUGCGAGCCCUUCGUUCAGCCGCCGCGGCCGGACAAGGAGCGCAUCAUCCAGAUACCCGCGCCGCAUCUCCCGGGUGGCAGCUACCAGAUCACCUCAUCUACGAUGAGUCCCGAGUUGAUGCGCGCGUUUAGAGAGAAGAUUAUUGCGCAUAAUAUUGAGGACGAGAAGAAUCGACCGUGGUAACGGCAACGUCCAUAUUGUACAAGGGGGCAGAUGGGCGGACGGCGCGUUGAAGAAACUAACAUCGCACAGGCCUAGUAGCAUUCUGCCCAGCAAGAUGCAUGAACUAAGUCUGCGAGGAGGCGGAUUUCGACCUGAUGUGACACUGAGUCGAACUCCGACAGCAGCACACAUGGACGCACCUCAGCUACAUUCAGCCCCGGUGGCUAGCUUACUCUUAAUGCGGCC